GCUGCACCGCGGACCCGCGCGCCCUCCCUGCGUCCGGCGUCUCCUCCCGGCGCCCAGCGCAGCCGCCUCUCGCCUCUCGCCUCCGCCUCCGGCUCGGUCCGCGCAUCCAGGCCGCCCGGCACCAUGGCCUCGCCGCCGCCCCACCCGGAGGAGGACGAGGGCCUGCGGAGCUGCGAGCUGUACGUGCAGCGGCACGGCGUCCAGCAGGUGCUGCGGGACUGCGUGGUGCACCUGUGCGUGGCGCGGCCCGACCGCCCCAUGCGCUUCCUCCGCGAGCACUUCGAGGCGCUGGAGAAGGAAGAGAACAGACAGAUUUUGGCUCAGAAGUCAGCCUCCCAGUCAGACUCGCACGACGAGGAGGUCUCCCCGACUCUGCCAAACCCCGUGGUGAAAGCCCGCUGCCGCCGCGGGGGCGUGAGUGCCGAGGUGUACACCGAGGAGGACGCCGUGUCCUACGUGCGGAAGGUCAUCCCCAAGGACUACAAGACCAUGACGGCACUGGCCAAAGCCAUCUCCAAGAACGUGCUGUUUGCUCACCUGGACGACAACGAGAGGAGCGACAUAUUCGACGCCAUGUUCCCCGUCACGCACAUCGCCGGGGAGACCGUCAUACAGCAAGGGGACGAAGGCGAUAACUUCUACGUCGUUGACCAAGGGGAAGUGGACGUGUACGUGAACGGGGAGUGGGUGACCAACAUCAGCGAGGGCGGCAGCUUCGGGGAGCUCGCGCUCAUCUACGGCACCCCCAGGGCGGCCACCGUGAAAGCCAAGACCGACCUCAAGCUCUGGGGCAUCGACCGCGACAGCUACCGCCGCAUCCUCAUGGGCAGCACGCUGCGGAAGCGCAAGAUGUAUGAGGAGUUCCUCAGCAAGGUCUCCAUCCUCGAGUCCCUGGAGAAGUGGGAGCGCCUGACGGUGGCCGACGCCCUGGAGCCCGUGCAGUUUGAAGACGGGGAGAAGAUCGUGGUGCAGGGGGAGCCUGGAGACGACUUCUUCAUCAUCACGGAGGGCACAGCCUCCGUGCUGCAGCGCCGGUCCCCGAACGAGGAGUACGUGGAAGUGGGGCGUCUCGGGCCCUCCGACUACUUUGGGGAGAUCGCGCUGCUCCUGAACCGGCCCCGGGCGGCCACCGUGGUGGCCCGCGGGCCCCUCAAGUGCGUGAAGCUGGACCGGCCCCGCUUCGAGCGCGUGCUGGGGCCCUGCUCCGAGAUCCUCAAGCGCAACAUCCAGCGCUACAACAGCUUCAUCUCCCUCUCCGUCUGAGCCCCGCCCCCGCCCCGCCCGCGGUGGCUCCUCCGUGUCCGGGGCCGAGGGGCUGGGGUCCCACGGGUGGGCGCGCCCUCCCUCCGACUCCCGUGUGGAACGAAACAGUCCCCUGCGCGUUUGAAGACAAGGGCCGACGGCCCCCGACUGAGGAGCAGCCGCGGCCCCUCCCCCCGCACCCCGUCUCUCCACGCUGCGUGGGCUCAUCUUAGGGACCCCUCCACCCUCCUGCGUGCUCACCCCGAGGUGGGAGGACGAGGGCCCGGCCACCUCUGUGUCCAGGUCACCAGGUCGAACGCGGGCCAGGUGUCCCAGCGGGCGACCCGCAGGCCCCGGGGCUCCGAGCGGGAAGUCGAGGCUGAGGGAAGAGAGGGCCCCGCCCGCAGGGGGCCCUGUGGGAGAUGCUCCGGGUCAGGGCCGCCCUGGAAGGGGGAGCCGCCUGCAGGUGACUCCCACCUACAGGAGUGGCGGGCGCUCACCUUCUUGGAAAGCCUUUGUUGGGUCUGGGGCACUCGCCAGGUGCCGGUCGGUCCCACUGUCGCCCCGGCCGGCCGGGCCGAGGCGCCCAGGACGGAGGAGACCGCGUGCGUGAGUUUAGGACUUGCCGGGGCGGUGAGCGCUGUUCUCGGAGCCGGGCCGAGCCCGGUCUGCGUCCCGUUUGCAGAGCCGCUCCUGGGAGACCGAGGGGCAGGGGUCCCAGGCGACUCCGGAUCAAGUUGUCGGGACCACGUCCCAGGCGGCGGGGGCCUCGCCCUGCGCAGUCCACCACCUGAGCUGAGGCCCCGGGCCCACACCCCCAAUCACCGGCUCGGACACCCCCCAUCGAUGCAUUUUCAAUCCAGCGACACCCCACCAGGCCAGGCGGCUCGGCCACUGCAGGCCGCUUGGCAGCUUCUGGUGGCCCCGGAAACAGUGGAAACAGUGCCGUGAGCCGACGUGCUCCUGCCUGUGCCCGUCUGGGUGCCGGCGUGUGGCCGUGGCGUGGGUGACUGUGACGUGUACCCGCGUGUUUAUCCGUGUUCCGUGCUGCAUGUGCCAUUAAACGUGCGAUGAAGUCCC